CUGAUAGUGAGUCGACAUUAAUCGGUUAGUCACUCUCACUCACUCUCUCUAUAAUAACAAAUGUCUUUUUUCAUUCGAAAGCGCUUAUUUACAACCACUGUGCAAAUGAAUAUUGUGAAAAAAUUAACGGUAAUCGGAGGUGGUCUUAUGGGAUCAGGAAUUGCACAGGUCGCCGCUCAAACUGGCCACAAUGUUACGCUUGUUGAUUUAAGCCCUCAAAUUUUAAACAGGGCCGUUAAACAAAUCGAUCUUAGUUUGACUAAGGUAGCGAAAACGUUGUACAGAGAUAAUUCGGUGGAAGCCGAUCAGUUUAUUUACGCCUCCAAAGAUCGCCUAAAAGUGUCGACCGAUGCUAGCAAGGCGGUGGAAGAUUCGGAUUUGGUUAUCGAAGCGAUUGUGGAAAGCAUCGAUGCCAAACACGCGUUAUUUAAAAUUUUGGACGAAGCGGCGCCGCCAAAAACUAUUUUCGCCUCGAACACUAGUUCAUUAAACAUAUCGGAGAUAGCAGCCCCUGUUAAACGCAAGGACCGUUUUGGUGGAAUGCAUUUCUUUAGCCCGGUGCCCGUCAUGAAACUGUUGGAGGUCAUCAGAACUCCUGACACAUCCGAAGAGGCUCACAAUAAGAUGAUGGCUUGUGGUCGAGCAAUGAAAAAGGUCUGCAUUGCAUGUAAAGAUACGCCAGGAUUUAUUGUGAACAGGUUGCUACUUCCUUAUAUGUCAGAGGCUAUGAAGAUGCUAGAGAGGGGGGAUGCCACUCCGCAGGAUAUUGAUUUGGCCAUGAAGCUGGGUGCAGGUUAUCCCAUGGGACCGUUUGAGCUGGCAGAUUAUGUCGGUAAUGACAUCAGUUUAGCGGUUUUACAAACGUGGAACAGAAAAUAUCCCAAUGACCCGGCAUUUCAAGUAAGCGGUGUACUAAAAAAACUGGUGCAGGAAAACAAACUUGGGUGUAAAACUGGGGAAGGGUUUUAUAAAUAUAGCAAAUAAAUGGUGAAUACUUUCUUAUUGA